AUGCGCCCCUCGCUCAUCCAAUGUUUCCCCCAUCCUUUCACCCGGCAAUGGCCCAACACCGGCAACCCCGUCACCUGUGAGUGCAGACAGCUCUACGCGCUCGUCUCUGUUUGCUGCUGCGUGCCCAACACACACCUGCUCGUGCUGCACGAGUCCAUGCGUGUCACUGGCAACAUGAUCACGUCCAUGCCGAAGGGGCCGAAGUACGUGGACUACCGCGUCACUUCUCGCACCACCGCCGAGGACUUCUGUGGCUUUCUCAUGCGGGCCGAGGCGGCGGCGGCAUCCGGCUCGGCGCACGGCGCAGGUGCGCCGGAGGAGCCCGUCGCCUUCUCCCGGGGUCCGGACGAGGUUUACUCCCCGAUGAGUUUCAACUCUCUGCAGAACAACGAUGGAUUCGAGAGCAAGGCCGCGUCGUCCUCCAAUGCACCGCGGCACCCCGAGGCCGUCGUGUCGCCGGUCGCACGCAGCCGGUCGGCAUCGGGCCAGAGGCAGGUGGUGGUGGUGUGUUUGCAUGGCAUUGCCGAGGCUUCUGCUCCCGUGCAAUCUGCCCUCAUGGAUGUGCUGUGCUUCGAGCAGGUCCGUAGCCACCGUCGAGCCAUGCGGGUGCCCACCCUGCGCGUCGUCGCGUUCUGUUCGUGUCGCAACUUUGCGUUGCUCCUGCCCGAGCCGCUGCGGGCCGCCUUCACCCUCUCCACCUACGUCUCCACGCUCUCCAUUGAAAGCGCGGUGGUGCUGCAGACAAACACCGUGGCCUCCUCCAACAUUGUCAACAAACGCUACAUGCUAGAGGUGAUGACGUCGCCAGACGGGCAGUCGCUGCUGGAGACGGUCACCCUCUCCGCCUCCGUUCUGCGGUAUCUGCGGCACCUGCUGCUUGUGGUGCGGGGCAGCUUCAGCGCGACCCUCUCCCCGGGCGCCCUGGCGCUGCGUCGCCUUUCGCGCUGGGCCACCGUGCUGCGUGCCAUGGCCGUGCUCUUCAUGCCGGACGAGACUUUUCUCCGCUCGCGAGCCCUGCACAUCCGCCCAGCCCACCUGCAGAACUACACCACACGGGCAUCCACCAUCGCCACCGCCGAACGCGUCUCCCACCCGACGUCGCACCGGAUUGCUGGCAGUGCCGCACACCGCCCAACGAGCCCGGAAGCGCGGAAUGGCGGUACGAGCAAUGGGGGUGCCGGGGGUGGGAACGGCGUGGCUGCACCACAGCAGGAGCAACAGCAGCACAACGCGGGGUCACCGUACACCGCCUCGGCAACGCGUCGCGCCAUCGGGGGGGCGGUGGUGGACGAAUCAGAGGACACGGAGGAUUCGUCCGGCCCCAGCCCUAUCGAGUCCUUCAGCAAUGUGGUGGUGUCGCCGUCGGAUGUGGCGUGUGCGCUGAGCUGCCUUCUGGGCCACCUCAUGACCAUCCCGCGGGAGAUGGUGCCGAGCGAGGAAAUCAUUACCGCUACGAAUGCCAUGCUGGGGCCGACGGGUGGGUCGAGCACCGUGGUGGACGCCUACGCGAACAUGCUGGACACGCAGCGGCGGGGUAAGGGUGGCUUCUCGUUUCAAGAUCCGACGAUGUGGGACGCGGUGGCGGCCAGCUGGUCGCUGCGUCAUCUGCACAGCAUUACCGACCCCGUUCAAGAGCUUGCGGACACCAUCGGUGGUUCAUUUAUCAGCACGGGUCUUGCACAGUCGUACAUGGCGAACAACCUCAAUGGAACCCUCCAAAGUACUGCAAACGGAACCUUCAAUGCACUUUUCGCUGGAACCGUCAAGGGGACCUUCAACGAAACCAUGCUCGCCGAGCGCGGAGGCGAUUUUCGAAAUCUGCACGCGAGUUACUCUAGCAGUCCUGGGCAAGAAACGCUGGCGCCGGGCAGCGCAUCGGUGUCGCGCGAGGCACCUUCCCGCACGCUGAACAACCGCCCGUUGACCUCGUUGGCGGAUUUGUGGAAGAGCGGUGUGGCGGACACGUUUGACUUGCUGGACGCCGCCUCCACCCCCAUGUUGGACUACUGGGAAGUCCGCGAGGUGAUGCGGGCAACGCUAAUCUGCCGCAGCGCGCCGGCCCCGGGUUAG